GAAAUGGACUUGGAACUUUUCAGCGAGCGGUUGAUUCCAAACAUUUUGUUUGCUUCCAUUCAUGAAUCAUCAUGAAUUAUUUGGGCGACGCCUUUCCAGCAGACACCUGCCUGUUCGCCGACACAUUCCCCGAAGACACAGUUUACAAGAUAAUGGGCCAAGAGCUGACGAUCACGCAGCAUUUUGGUGCCAACCUCGGCGUGGCGGCUCCGGUGUGGGAGGCGGCGCUACAUCUGUGUCACUACUUCGAGGAGCAUCGUAUGGAGUGGCGUGGGAAACGUGUCAUCGAGCUGGGAGCGGGGACCGGUGUGGUUGGAAUUGUGGCUGCUCGUCUAGGUGCAGACGUGACGCUCACAGACCUGCCAACCACCGUGCCGCAGCUGCAAGACAACAUCUGGGCCAACAUGCCGUCCAGCGGGUGGCCUUCCUCCCCGCCCGCCGCCCUCCCCCUGCGCUGGGGCCGGGACCAGCGGAAGUUCCCCUCGGACUGGGACUUGGUGCUGGGCGCGGACAUCGUCUACCUGCCCGAGACGUACCCGCUGCUGAUGGACACCUUGGUGCACCUGUGCAAGAACAAGGCGCAGCUUUACCUGGCGUCCAAGAUGCGAAGCGAGCACGAGACGCCGCGCUUCUUUGAGGAAGUUCUCCCGGGGAGGUUCCAGGUGCAGCUGGCGCACCGCGACCACCACCACAACAUCAACAUCUACAGAGCAGCUCUGGACAAGGAGCACUAGACCGAGGAGUCACUUCCUGGUUUUAGACUUCAGGAACCUUUUUGUAUCAAUUGGAACAUUACCUUUCUGCCAGGUGUCUUCACACCAACCGUGUGGGGAACUGCACUCUCUCUCACUUUUUGGAUUCCUAAACAGUGACUGUGUGGCUUCACUCCGGGUACUCAGACCUCCUCCCACUUCCAAAGACAUGCACCUGGGGAUAGGCCCCUCCCACUUCCAAAGACAUGCACCUGGGGAUAGGCCCCUCCCACUUCCAAAGGCAUGCACCUGGGGAUAGGCCCCUCCCACCUCCAAAGACAUGCACCUGGGGAUAGGUUGAUUGGCAACACUAAAUUGGCCCUAGUGUGUGAAUGUGAGUGUGAAUGUUGUCUAUCUGUGUUGGCCCUGCGAUGAGGUGGCGACUUGUCCAGGGUGUACCCCGCCUUCCGCCCGAUUGUAGCUGAGAUAAGCGCCAGCGACCCCAAAAGGGAAUAAGCGGUAGAAAAUGGAUAUAUAUAU